AUGCUUGAAGAAUUAAGAAUUAAUCAAACUAUUGGUUAUAAUAGUUAUGACUCUCUUGAAAAUAUAAACCUUAUUGGACGUAACUCAUACAAGAAGAAUACUUGUCGUAAAGUGUCUUCGAAAUUCAAAGAUCCUAUAAAAUCAAAAUCUAUUAGAUUUAAUUCCUUUAAAACACGUCUAUUGGUCAAUGAG